AUCAGCUUCUUCGGCUCAACCUUCUCUGGGUCAGGGAGGUUGUCGCGUCGCUUUGCGUCAUCGAAAACUUUUGAUCCGUAAUUUUCAAACCCCGUGCCGCACUCCAAGCACCCUCUGGCGGCCCUUCGACUGGUUUGACGGUUCUUGGACGCGGCCCAGAACUACGCGUUUCCUGACCCGAACUAACUGAGCCUCCUUAGAUGCGUGAUACCCGCGCGAUUUUCCGGGAACAGCGGGUGCCUGCGCGCGAGUGCGUUUCGAUUAUAAGAAGCACGAGUCGCAAUCAUUGCCUGACACGAUGUCGAAGCGAGAGCGAGAGCUGUCUUAUGAGGAGGUUUCGAAGCACUUCGGGUCGACGCUUGUCGACGCAUCGGCUCGUCUGGGUGCGAGCAACGCUGUCUUGAAAAGGAUAUGUCGCGAGAACGGCAUACCAAAGUGGCCCUUCAGAAAGAUCGCAGCAGGCAAGACCAUAGAGGAGAUAAAGCGGGAUGCAGCAACAGCACUAGCCGAGGAGCAAGCAGGAGGAGCCACCACGCCGGGCACCAGCAGCACUGGAGACACCUCCCCCCACUCCUCCUCCCCCACACCCCCACCCGCUUCCUCCUCCGCGCACUCCCACCAUCCCACCCAUCUCUCACCCGCUCCCAAAUCCGUCUCAGCUGCCCAGCUCUCUGCUCAUCUCUCCGCCUCUUCUCAGCUGCUUUCCCCUGCGCAGCCUUCCCCCGCCAUGCAUGCUCGUUCGCCCCAUCCCUCGCAUUCCCCGGCGCCGGCCCAAGCCUCUCUCCCCUUGCUGUCGCCGCUGCUGUCUGGAGCAGCAGGCAUGCAGCCGGGAGCGGGCAUGCAGGCAGGAGCAGGAAUGCAGGUGCCCGUGGGGGUGUCCCCUUACGCUCUCCGGACGCCUGCUGCUGCUCUCCCUGCCUCUGCAGCAGCUGCAGCUAACAAUGCUGCAGCGGCUGCCGCCAGUGCCGCGUCUGCUUUCUCCCAGCCCAUGUUGUCAUCGCAGCGGCUGUCUUCGCCAGCGCUGAAUCCAUCCCUGCAGCAGCACCUGCAGUACCAGCAGCAGCAGCAGCAGCAGCAGCAGCAGCAGCAGCAAAUGAUGCUGCAGCAGCAGCGCCAGAUGUUUCUCCAGCAGCAGCAGCAGCAGCAGCAGCAGCCAAUCCCGCCGCACCUGCUGCAGCAUCACCAGCAGUUCCAGCUGCAGCAGCAGCGGCUGCAGCUGAUGCAGCAGCAACGUCAACAGCAGCUACAGCAGCACCAGCACCAGCAGCAGCAGCAGCACCAGCACCAGCAGCACCAGCAGCACCAGCAGCAGCAGCAGCAGCACCAGCAGACAUCACAAACAAUAGCAUCAGCGGGUGGAGAAGCAGGAGCAAUAGGAGGAGCAGGAGUAGGAGCAGGGGCAGGGGCAGGAAGAGGAGCAGGAAAGGCAGCAGGAAGAGGGGCAGGGGCAGGAACAGGCAGAGGGUCAAAAGCAGCAGCAGGAAGAGGCAGAGGAGCAAGAGCAGCGGUAGGAAAAGGAAGGGUGGGAGGAGAACCCGGCUCUGAGCCUUUUGCUCCCCAGCAGCCCGUUUCAGACCCCCCUAUACUCGCCUCUUCCUCUGCCUUGACCCGUCCCCCUGCUCUCGCCACUCCUCCGGCUGUUCUGUCCCAGCCACUUACUCCUCCUCCUCCUCUUGCUCCUGCCGCAGCCUCGGCUGCUGCGCCAGCUUCUCCCUCCCUCACGCCCGCAGGGGCUGCUCCUGGUCCUGCUUCUGCCGCUGCAACUGCUGCUGCUCUUGCUGCUGUGGCCGGUGCGAGUUCUGCUGCUGGCCCUGCUGCGGGGGGUUCAACCUUGGCAGUUUCCAGGCCCCUCCUAGCAGCACCAGCGGCGGCAACAGUAUCAGGCCGGCCCGGGGUUUAUUCAACAUCAAUGGGGGCUGGGCGGCUUGUUUCGGCGCUUCCUGCCGUCCCAGUCCCUUUUGGGAUGGUACCACCUGGGCCAGCAGCAGCAGCAGGAGCAGCAGCAGCAGCGACACCAGCACCAGCAGCAGCUGCGGCUGUAGCAUCAGGGACAGUGGUGCCGGCUGUAGCAGGGACUGUAGCAGCAAUGGGAAGAGGCACUUCUGGGGGCGGGAUUUCUGGUACGGCUGCUGUAGCUAAUUCGCCUGCCGCAGUGGGGGGUAUAGCAGGAGCAGGGAGAGGAACAGGCGGAGGAGGAGGCAGAGGAGGAGGGCCAGGAGGAGCAGGAGCUGCGGGGGGAGCAGGAGGUAGAGGAGGAGGAAGAGAAGGGGGAAGAGGAGGAAGAGGAGGAAGAGGAGGAGAGGCAGCAGCGCCAGCAGCAGCAGCAGCAGCAGCAGCAGCGCCAGCAGCAGCAGUAGCCAUGGGUGCUGGUGUUGUUGAUGCAAAGGCUCAAACCCUGGUGCCAGGCACGGGCGGCAACUUCCGUCCGAUUCUGGUAAAGGGGCCAGUCAAGCCUCCAGGGGCGGCAGGAGCGUCUGCCGCUGCUGCUGCUACUGCUGCCUCUGGUGGUGCUGGUGGUGCUGGUGGUGCUGUUGGUACUAUUGCAGGAGCUGCUGUGGCUGCUGCUGCUGCUGCUCGUGCUGCUCGUGCGGCUGGUGCUGCUUGUGCUGCUGCUGGUGCUGCUGGUGCUACUGCUGGCGUUCCAGGGGCAGCAGGUGCAGGUGUCGGUGCAGGUGCUGGUUCAGGUGUCGGUGCCGGUGCAGGUGCUGGUUCAGGUGCCAGUGCAGGUGCUGGUUCAGGUGCCGGUGCAGGUGCUGGUUCAGGUGCACGUCCAGGUGCCAUUCCAGCGUUGGCAUCAGCAGCCAAUCUGGCGCCCUCUGCCGCUCCUCUUAGGUCCACUGCAGCAGCAGCACGUGCCACUUCCCAUCUCCAUGCUCCCACUGCUCCCCACCCCCACCCUGCUCCUUCUGCUACUGCUCCUGCUCCUCCUCCUCCUGCUGCUCCUCCAGCUGCUCCUCCUGCUGCUCCUCCUGCUGCUCCUUCUGCUCCUACUCGCAUGCCCCCCACUUCUGCUGCUAUCAAGCCUGCAGCAGAGGCUCCAGCACCUGAGGCUUAUACUGAGGGAUACUAUGACGAGGAUGAGACCAACGCUACUUCAGCCGCCGCUCUUGCUGCAGCUGCAGCUGCAGCAGCAAGAGCAGGGAGGGUGAGAGGAAAGGUUCCGAGUGCGUUUGACCUGGCGCUCUCUCUCCCCCUGCAGAACCCUCCCACCUUCCCCUUCCCAUUCCCCCUACCUCUCGCAAGGCGAAGGGACAAUAUAGCCGUCAGACAGCUAUCUGCCCCUAUUGCCCCACCUCCCGCUGCUCCUGGCACUGAUGCUGCUGCUGUUGCUAGUGCUGGUGCUGCUGUGAAAGUUGAAGGUGCUGCUGCAGUGACUACACCUGGAGAUGCGGCAGGAAGGGAAGGAGGGAGAGGGAGAACAACAGGCACAGCUGCAGAGGCACUGGUAACAGUGAGCGGAGGAGGAAGAGGAAGGCUAGGCACAGCUGCCGAGGCGCCGGCAAGAGUAACGGGAGGGGCAGCUGCAGCAGGUGCGGUAGAUGGGGGGAGAGGGAGAGAGAGAGAGGUGAGGUCGGAUGUGCUCAUGCGGUUCAGAGAGGGGUUUCCGGCUGACGGGUUGAAAUGGGACGCUUUCAGGUGGUGGGGCGGGGAGGCAGGAGGCGAGGCGGGUGAUGUGGUGGGUGAUGUGGCGGGUGAUGUGGCGGGUGAUAUGGCGGGUGAUGUCAAGGAUUCUGCUGGAAAGCAUCUGGCUCUUGAGAAUUGUAAGAAGCGAACUGUAGGAGGAGAAGCAGGAGAAGUGGGUUUUGGUGUCAAGGAUUCUGCAGGGAGCCAGCUGGGUGCAGCAGCAGAGGCGGCAGAUGCUGGAGCCAUGGAUGUAGAUAGGGAUAGUAGGGGGGAUGGGGAUGGGGAGUCAGAUGUUAACUUGGGAAGUGGCAGAAGGAGAGUGGGGCCUGUCAUGGGCCAGGGAGUUGAGGCUGACAGCAAGGUGAGGGUUGGCGAGGCGGAAGUUGGAAUGGGGGAGGAAGAGGAGGAAGAGGAGGAAGAGGAGGAAGAGGAGGAAGCGCGAGGGAAGAAGGAAGAGGAGGGGAGUACCGUGGAAGGGGCUCGGAUAAAAUCAAGAACGGAGGUUGAGGACAUGGAGAUGGAGGGGAUUGCCGUGGAUCAUGACGGGGGGUUAGGGGUUGAGGAAGGGGAGGAGGGGGAUGAGAUUUGGGGGGGGGAAGAGCAGCAGGAGAAAGGCAAGAAGGUAGAGGAGGAGGAGAGGCAAGCAGAGGGAGAAGAGGAGCAGAGUACGGGGGAGAUGGAAGAGAUGCAGAAGGAAACAAAAGGGAUGCAGCAGCAGCAGCAGCAGCAGGAGGAGGAGGAGGAGGAAGAGGAGAGGGGGAAGCAGGAGGGGAGGGGGAAGCAGGAGGGGAGGGGGAAGCAGGUGGAGAAAGGGACGCAGCUGCAGCAGAGGGAGAAGGAGAGCACAUCAGCCAUGGCGGAGAGGCUUGUGGGAAUGCAUCAAGCGGCGGUGCACAGAGCGAGGGAGGGCAGGCAGAGCGCUCUGGCACGGGGAUACCUGAGCCUGGCGAGUGGUAAUGACAUGGCUGUGCUCAGCUUUGUGUUUGGGGCCUACAUGCCCCACCAGUGGUGCUGCGACGAGUGACAGCGCUACAGGAAGUUGUGCAAGGAGAGCCGAGGGAAGGCAUGCUGAAGAGCGUGUUGGCGUGGGUUUUGAGUUGCUCAUGUGGGGGAACCUGAGCCAGGCUGGUUGGCCGGGACAUGGCUGUGCUGAGCUUUGUGUUUGAAGCGUUCACACCCCACCCCGCCGUUGAUGCUGGAUGGAUAUCUGUGUGCUAUGCAUGGAGCGGAGUGGUUGGAGUGCCGUGGGCUAGUUGAACAUUGGCUAUCUAAGGGCGUGUCCCAAACGUAUGUCUGCUUGCGGUACAGUGAGGUGUGCUGCAAGCAAAAGCAGACGUUUAUUACUCUGGAGUAGAGAAAACGAACGCCUGGGACCUUUGCGCUAGGGACCUAAGUUGUCCCCCAAGUGGUGCUUGGGAUUGUAACACGCAUCUAGUAAAUUUUUUGAGA